ACAAUUUUAAACAGAAAUGGGCAGCAAUCAAUCAACCAGAGCAACACAUUUCCACCGUCACGAAGCAGGUAAAGCCAUGGAGGACGUAUCGGAAGAACAACACAUCAAUAUUUCUAAUAAAAUGGUUGAAAGGCUUGUGGAAGACGCUGCUAUAACAAAUGACACGGGCGCUGGUUCUUUGAACGCGAAAGGGGAUUAUAAGGAGAAGAUAUUCAUUGAGAAGCUGAGGUGUAUGGAUGACAAGCACACUGAGAGAUGCGGUUUAACGGUGGAAGAAUUAAACGCCUUGGUGACGCGUUUAGAAAUGCGAACACCUCACAUAUCGAAUGAAGACCCAAUCUGCGAAGAUUUGAAGGAUAAAAUCAUUGAUUGCUAUGACAUGACAGGUCCCUCAGAUAUUGUUAAAUGCUGGAAUAUCGUAGGGGCUUUUACUCAGUGCGUGCAAGAUGCCAGCUCGAAGAGGCUCGAGGCGCGGACGGCGCGAGAGGCGCGCGCGACGGCGCAGCGCACCCGGCGCGUGGCGCGCGCGCGUGCACACCUCGCCACGCACGACGACCUUACCGACGACUGACAUAUCGUCAUCUCAAUGUUGCAAAUAACUGCUAUCGAAUCACCGGAUGGAAAUAGAGACAUUUAUUGGACCGUGUGGUGCAGAAAUGUACCAACCUACAGAAUAAAAAAUUGAAAGUUAUGAAAUAAAAAUGUUAUGAUAUGUCUUUAAAAUAAUAUCCACAAACAACUAUUUCUGCACAAC